AUGGUAACUCGCGCGAUCCAUUUAAAAGCGGUAUCUGUUUUAACAGCCAAAGGCUUUAUCGCUGCAUUUAGAAGGUUUGUUGCACGUAGAGGUCAUUGCCAAGAUCUCUUUAGUGAUAACGGCACGAACUUUGUGGGAGCAAAUAUAAUGUUGUGUAAAAUGUUUGAUAAUGCUAAAUCUGAACUACAUAAUGAAAUAGCCGAAUUAUUAACUUUGGAGUCAACAAAGUGGCAUUUUAUACCACCAAACGCACCUAAUUUUGGAGGAAUAUGGGAGGCGGGUGUACGAUGUGCUAAAGCUCAUUUGAAACGAGUUGUGUUAAUAAGACUACCUUAA